AUGUCAGAAGAACUCGUUAACCAAACUGAAAGUUUAACUUUAGAUAAACAAACCAUCUUAUCGUCCAAGGAAUCCUUUAAUGCCAAACAUCCUUUAAACAACCAAUGGACUUUAUGGUACACCAAACCUCAAGUAGAUAAGAAAGAAAACUGGCACGAUUUAUUAAAGCCUGUGAUUACUUUCUCUUCAGUUGAAGAAUUCUGGGGAAUUUAUAAUUCAAUUCCUCAAGCCAACCAAUUACCUUUAAAAUCCGACUACCAUUUAUUCAAAAACGGAAUCAAACCAGAAUGGGAAGAUGAAAAAAAUGCUAAAGGUGGUAAAUGGCAAUAUGCUUUCACCAACAAAAGAGAAGUUGGAUCAAUUAUUAAUGAUUUAUGGUUAAGAGGAUUAUUAUCAGUUAUCGGAGAAACCAUCGAAGAUGAAGAAGAAGAAGUUAAUGGGAUUGUUUUAAAUAUUAGAAAGCAAGCUAUUAGAAUUGGUAUUUGGACUAAAUCUUGUGAUGAUGAGAAGUUGAAAGUUAUCGGAGAAAGAUUGAAGAAGGUGUUGAGAUUGAGUGAUGAACAAAAGAUUGAAUUUAUGAGUCAUGAUGCUUCAACAGAAAAGAAUGCCAAACCGCAAAUAGUUUUAUAA